AUGGAAUUUAUUCCUAAACCUAAAGAUACUACGAUAUUGCUAUCUCAAACAGUGAAAACGAGUUCUUCUAUUGUUAAAGUAGAGGAGAUAUCGAAUAUAUCUAAUGCGUCUAUUGUCCACUAUGAGACUGCUGAAUUAUUAGAGAAUAAGCCAAAGAAGACUUUAGAAGAGAUACACUCUUUAGACUAG